GGCUGCUUCAUCAUACCCGCCAACCAAAAUUCAAAAACUACCUCACUUUUUCUCUCUUCCACUUUUUUCUUCCUUAAUCCUUUUAAUAUAGGAUCACGCCUAGCUAAAAAGUCCACACACACACAAAAUACACAUUAUAUACAAUAAGCAUCUCCAUUUCCUGUUGUAACCAAUCCCUUUUAAUAGUUACUUUCUCUCGUACAGAUUUUUCGAAAAAAGUAUUGAAAUCAAACUCUAGGAAUGGGUUGUUGUAUCAGCAAAUGCUCUCCAAAGUCGAAAGAUUUCAAAGAAGCAGAAGAACCUCACGAGAAGUACUGUUCUGUUCCAGAGAAGAUGUUCAUGUCUCGUUGUCCAAGUCGUGUUUCUCCACUUAAUCUUCCGGAGAAAAACCGGUUUCAUCCUAUCCCUGUCCCGAAUAAGUUUAUCAAUAUCCCGGGUAAAGUAAUCCCUCCCCCUUCUCCUGUGAAGUUGGCAUCUUUCUCUCCAAUCCAACCUUCAACCACAAGCAACUCUUCUCUCAGCUCAUCAAACUCGUCACUUUCGACCGCCUCUUCAGUUUCGGUUUCGAAGGAGAGAUCUUUCUCCAAUGAUUUCUUGCGUGCUUGUUACCAAGAGAAUUCACAUGUUGCUCGAAUCAAUUCCUUACGAGAAGCUUCUCUAUCUAUGAAAACCACAAAACCGAGAUAUCCUAGCCGGUUUGAUUCUCCGGUUAUACCAAGCCGGAAUUCAACAACACCAAACAGAGCAAAUGAAGAUUCUAAAAGAGGAUCAAAUUGUUCUAAGAGAACUCGAGAGCUAUCACCAAACCAUCGUUCAUUGACACGACAAAAGAGCUUUCGUCAAGAUCAAGAAAGAGUUGUUAUCUCUUCUUCAUCAAACUCCUUAACCAAGGGAAAGUACUUGAAAUCUCCAUCUCCAAGCAGAAGAUAUGAGGGAAAUUUCUUGAAAUCACCAUCUCCAAGCCGGAGAUUUGGUGUAGCCGCGGCUAGUUUGACGGUCUCUUCUUGUGUAAGGAAAGAUAGUUUAGAUCUGUCUGGUCGCAAGAUUUGUCAUAUGAGCAACAGAUCAGAGCCUCGAAUACAUCGCAUAAGUUCUAAGAUCGACCAAACAAUUAUCAGAGAAGUAAUCACAAAAGAUAGGGAACCAGUGGUUCCAAUAUUUGAAGAAGUUGGCAAUCCUUUGAUUGAUUUGGAUUGCUUUAUCUUUCUUUAAGGAGAAACAUUUGAUUUUUAUUAUUGUUUCUGUUGAAGAUGUGUUUGUGUAAACAGAUAUGUUGUGUAAUUGUUUGAGACAAUUCCCACUUUCUUUUGUUUAUUGUAGGUUUGUGAUGAUCAAGUAGAUCAUAACUCUCAUACUUAACUUUUUUUUUCAAAGUCUACUUUUUAUCUGUAUGCUUUUGAAAUAUUUUGGAUUGAAUACAGCUACGGGAGCUUA